AAAUAUAUGUGCAAUGAGUUGGUUUGAUUCCAGCUUCUCCUUGGCUAAGAACGCCUUUAGCCAGGCUCAAAAGUCCAUAGACAAAGUACUAGACAUCAAAGAACAUAAAGCAGGGCAAGAGAGUCUUGAAGAACCUCAUGCACUCCCAAGUUCUGUGGAAACGGCGAAUGCUAAGAGUUCGAAAUCACCAUUUGAGACUAAAUCUUUUUCGAACCCUCACACACCCCAUCGCACUGAUACACAAAACUCCACCCCACCCCCCACACACACUACAUUUGAUUCAACUUGGGGCCAGAGUGACUCCGUGUGGGGAACUCCCUUCACCUCACCACCCUCUAAGGGUUCAGGGUCCAAAGACUCGAGUUCAAAGGUCACCCUACCGGCAAGCAGUCAGGGGUCAUCAACGGUCAAGAUCACACCCACUGGUCAUCGGACAAAGCCGAGACGAUCCAAGAGCCAUGCUACCUCCACACCCAUUGGGACAGGGGGUGGGGUGGGAGGGGGCGACGUUCAAGGUUUAACCCCUGUGAAACCCAUCGAUGAGGGGUUAUCGCCAACCACUGACAAGUCUACAGACUCUAAUAUUAUGAUCGCAUCAGACGACGGUAAUGAAAAGAACGAACAUUUAAUAGAUCCCAGUGAUAAAAACACAGAGCUAAUUGCACCAUCCACUACACCUAAAGAGGCUUCAACAGACUCACGACAAAACGAUAGUUCAUUGGAUGGAGAUACACAAUUGGACAUUUCUAAGCGUACAGUUACAGCGCUGCCCCUCCAUGACUCACAGCCGUCUGCCCAAUCAAAUUCUAUUGGUGGUGGUUCGGGAGAAGUGAAAGUUGCCGACAAAGAAAAUAAAGAAGAACCUACUGCCUCUGUAAAUGAGAACUUACCUAGUACGUGUAUGGAUGCAUCUGUACCGAUGGUAAAAGACGCAAUUAUUGAUAAAUCUGUUUCAAAAGACACUAAUAAAGUUGAAGCUGAUACUUCUGACCCAGUGACUGGUAAUGGUGGACUGCAUGAUGUCCAACUAUCUGUACCUAAAGAAGUGGCUGACCCACUCCAGAGCCAUGACAUCAUUGACACAGUUUCUGAAGGAGAUGCUACAGCAGGUACCCUCACUGGUGACUCUAAUGAAGGCUUGCAAACACUGACAAAAGAGUCUGCCCGUCUGUCCGAGUUGCUUGAGGCUAGAGAGAGCAAGAUGAUGGACAUGAGUCGACAGCUAGUAGCCCUCACAGAGGAGAACCAAACCCUCCAGUCACAACUAGCCGAGGCACGGGAGGCGGGGCUAACAGACAUUGACGAAUUGAGGGCAGAGUUCACUCAGAGAAUUGGCACAUCAGACAAGAAACUGCAAGCUGUCAGUAAGGAGAGGGACAGUCUCCGUAAGCAGCUGCAAGCCAUUCAGAAUGAGCAGUCUCAACAGAAGAAGUCACAGUCAGACUCUCUCACUACACUGCUUCAAGAGAAGGAGGAACAGAUAGCCCAGCUUAUGGAGGAAGGAGAGAAGCUAUCUAAGCAAGAGCUGCAGAGCAACAGUACCAUCAAGAAGCUGAGGCAAAAAGAGAGGCAAAACGAUCAGCUGCUCUCAUCACAGAAGCAGCAUAUAGAGGACCUGGAGAGCAAGGCGGUCAAUCUCAAGGAACAGUGUAAGAAGAGGGAUGAGAACGAACGCAAGUACCAAGAAUCUCUUGGCCAGUUGAAUGUAAUAGCGGAGCAGCAAGCUAAAGAGCUGACUGCACUCAAGACUGAGAGGGAUGCUCUGACUGACAAAGUGAGGAGCUUGCAAACCAACCUGGACAAUGCUUACAAGGAGUUGUCAGAUCUACAGAAAGAGAAUGCAGUCAGCCAGACAGCUGCACAGGAGGCGGCCAUUUCAGCCCAGUCCUCCGCCAGAGAUGAGGUGAUGGGACUGUUAGAGACACAGAAGGCAGAGACACAAAGAGAGAAGGAUGGCCUACUGUUGCAGCUGGAUGAACUGCGCAUGUCCAUGACUCGAGCAGAGCAGCUGUCAGCUAGAAAAGAGGACCACCUGAGGCAAGAAAUAUCCGAUCUACAAGAGAGGCUACAAGAAGCCGAAACAAGGAAUCAAGAACUUACUUCCACCAUUUCACAAGCUACCAAGCCGCUGCUGAGACAGAUCGAAAAUAUUCAAGCAGUUCAUUCCAAUCAAUCGGCUAACUGGGAGAGAGUGGAGAAUAAUCUAACACAAAGAUUAGUGGCACUUCAAGCUCAAUUGAGCCAGUCUUCUGAGAAAGAAAGGGCUGCAGUGGAGAAAGAAAUGACACUGCAGUCCAGAGUGACCAUCCUAGAGACACAAGCCAGCAGUCUGAGACAGGAGAAGUCCCAGCUUCUUGCUUCCGAAGAACUGGUGAAAGCUAAACUACAAACAAUAGAGGAAGAACAACAUAGAGAGUCUGCUAAAAUGGAGGGUUUAAGAGCUUCUUUCCAGCAAACAAUGGAAGAUCUCAGGAAAGAAAAGGAGAUGCUCGAAAGACAGCUGGAGUACGAGAGAGUGAGGCUGGAGGCAGAGAGCAAGAAGGCAAGGCUAGAGGCCCAAGAAAAGGAGCGGUUAAGGUCACAGCUGACCAACUUUUCCUCUCUGAAUCGGCCCCCUACAGUUGCUAGGCAGUCCAGUAGUGGGAGUGUACACAGUCAGUCUGAACUCCUGGAACACUCUCUCCGUCACAUCAGCGAAUCCAGCAUUGGCACCGGUGUAGAGAUGACGGAUUACCAUAGCAACUCGCUGAAGGGUGGCUCAGCCCCUGUCAUAGAACACCUCCAGUCCUUACUUAAGCAGAAAGAAGGGGAGCUAUCCACUGCACAGACGCUGGUGGGAACACUGGAGCGAUCGCGAUCAGCACUGGCAGAAGACCUCUCCUCCCUCUCGGCAGAGAACGAUACCCUCAAGACACAGGUGGAGCUGAUAGUACCCCUCAGGGAUAACUUGCAGAUUGUUGAACAGAAGCACGAAGCUAUGUUGCAAAUGUACGGUGAGAAGGCAGAGGAAGCCGAAGAGUUAAAACUGGACAUUCUUGAUGUGAAGGCAAUGUACAGACAACAGAUCGAUGAAUUACUCAGUGGAAAGAGAUAACUGAACUUACAAUUUAAGAACUUCAUUCUAAUGCAUGUAUGUGAUACAUGUGUACAACAAAUUUAGUAAAAUUGACUGCCAGUGUCAGGUUUGUUUGAAGUUGGGUGCAUGGUUAUCAUUCUCUGAA